AUGAGACUUACACGGCCUUCUCGCUUUGAGCGGCUCGGCUCGAUACAAAUCAACGAACUCCAGCGUGUCGUUGAGCUGGAUGCUGGAUCCGGGAAGAGCACCUCAUCAAGUGUCACCGUCUCCAGGGACGACUUCUUGGCCAUUGAGUCCCGAAUGGCCAUAGUAGUCCUCUGCAUGAAUGAGGAGUUUAGGACCAUCGAGUCCGUCUUCUCUGGAAUCCCCCACGACUGCCUCAUAAUUCUAGUCUCCAACAGCAACCGGGCACGGGGAUACAACGACAGAUACGAGACCGAGGUCAACAUUCUACAAAACUUUUGCCGAGACGCGGACCGCUUCGCCAUCGCGAUACACCAAAAAGACCCCGGGGUCGCCGCCGCCUUUGACUCUGCGGGUGCGCCGGAGCUGAUAGGGCCCGACGGCCUGGUCCACAACGGGAAAGGCGAGGGCAUGCUCAUGGGCAUGGCCGUCGCGGCGCUGAUGGAGCGCGAGUACGUCGGCUUCGUGGACGCCGACAACUACAUCCCGGGCUCCAUCAACGAGUACUGCAAAUCCUACGCCGCGGGGUUCCAUCUAGCACGAGCCAAGGCGGAACAUGCCAUGGUCCGGGUGUCGUGGAGCUCGAAGCCCAAAGAGCGCAACGGGCGACUCAUGUUUGACCGGAGGGGACGGAGCUCGCGGGUAGUCAACGAGUGGCUGAAUAACCUGCUGCAGGAGUUCUCGGGCUACGGGACGGACUGCAUCACGACGGGCAACGCCGGGGAGCACGCCAUGACCAUGAGCCUGGCGCUGAAGCUCAGGAUGGCGAGCGGCUUCGCCGUCGAGCCGUACGAGUAUCUCUACCUGCUGGAGCAGAUGGGCGACUUGGACCACCAUGACAAUUACCACCUUCACCACCGGAGAAUCGACGACGACAGCAGCGAUGUGGGCUCGGACGCGAGCAGCGCGAUGACGGAGCCGCCAGGCUCGCCGCAGCACCCGUCGGUGCAGAUCCACCAGAUCGAGACGCGGAAUCCGCACUUGCACGACAAUAAGGGCGACGAGCAUGUCAGCGACAUGCGCGCGCAGGCGCUCAACAUGCUGUACCACUCGCCAAUGACGCCGCUGCCGAUGAAGGCUGCGCUGCGCAAGUGGAUGGAGGACGAGGGGGUCUUGGAGCCGGGGCAGACGCCGCCGAGGGAGCGGGUGUAUCCUGCUCUGGGGGAGCUGGACAUGGCGCGUCUUGGAGAUAUUUUGGCCGCGGAGAGCACGAGGAAGAUGAUUGGGCAUUUUCCUUGA